AUGGUAACAAUAAAGAAUUUGCAUCAACAUUUCAUAACAUCAUUCGAACAAUUGAAUUCGGAACACAGCCACAUUUCAGCUGUGGGUUGCCGAGUAGGAGAGCAAGUAUACGGAGAUCGUGCAACAUGGAUUGACAGAAGAAAUGACACUAUUACAGUUGGGUCGGAAAGCAAAGUUGUUGGAAAGGGGUCAACCAUGCAAUGCAAAAAAUAUGAAAAUGGAACAUAUGCUGUGGAAGUAGCGGCUUGCUUGACAUCGGAAAACACAUACAUCAGACCAGAAGACUUUGGAACAGUGGAGGAUGCAAUCGUAAAAUGUGCGUGGGUGGAAGGGAAAUGUGUACUCCGCAAGGCAGAAGUGACGGAACUGGGAUGCAAACAUAAUAACAGUGUCUACCGCCACAAUCAGGAAUGGAAUUCUGAAGACGGUUCCACAGCAUAUGCUUGCCAGUUUGGAAAAAUUGAGAAGAAGGGAUGUCUUGUGGGGAGUCUUCUCAUCCCAUUGUAUGCUAUUCGGUAUAUUGAAGGAAAUGCUUUCUACUGCUUCCAAGGAACUCAAGUCAGAUCGUUCGGAGAUUUGAAAGGUUGUACUACAUCCACUGGAGAGGUGGUUCCUUUUGAAAACCGAGCCAAAAAUGGAGACCAUUUGGAAUCAUGUGGUUUCAGUUUCAACCAGGAUGGAACGGUGGAGUUCAAGUGGACGCAAGUUGGAUGUAUUUACUCUAAGGAGCUGAUUACGGUGAAUGCGAUUCAGAAAUUUGGAGAUCAGUAUGUUCAUUGUGCAUUGAAUGGUACAGCUGGGUAUGUAGUGAAGAUGAUGACAAAGGAAGAGGUUGAGAAAUGGUUGACGGCUACACAACAGCAAUGGAGUAAUAUUGUUUCAGGAAAUGAAGGCAAGGGUACUGCUGUCAAACGCGAGGUACCAACCCCUGAACCUGUAACAACUCCAUCUACUACAACAACAUCCACGACUACAACUACCACACCAGCGCCAACCACCACUACCACCACAACUACUACUGAAGCACCUACAACUACCACCACUACGACAACCACCACUGAAGCACCCACUACUACCACUACUACCACUCCAAAACCUCCUGUCAAAAAAUGUGUAGACCUUGUGGAGGAUUGCGAUAAGAUGAAAAUAUACUGUAAUUCUGAACAGGAGCAAGCCAAGUUUUUGAGAGAAGCAGUUCAAAAGUUCUCUAUCAACCCGAAGAACAAGUCAAAGAUGUUAGAGUUCAUUGACCAUAUGUUUUUGACAGCUGAUGAAGAAAACAACGGAAAUGGUGAUCACAAAUUAGAAGGGGACAAGUGCAACUACCGUAAAAAGUGUGGAAAAUGUGACAAAGGAGACAAAACGUGUCACUGCAAAUGCGAUCACCAGAAGGAUUUCAAUAGAAGACUCGUGAGAUCACUGUGUCCAAAAACUUGUGAUUUGUGCGAUGAGAAACGUUAG